AUGGAUUCUCACUCCUCUACUUGGACAGUUAGCUCAGCGGCAACUUCCAUUUCCAGCUUGGAUGAAGCUUUGCAUGGGGUGUUAUCUUCUGACAAAUGGUCUGAAUUAUUGGUGCUUCUUUGGUCUAUCUGGAAGGCUAGGAAUGAUAAGGUUUGGCAUGACAAGGCUUGCGAUCCUCCUCAAGUUAUUGUGAGAGCUCAUCUGUGGCUUCAGAAUUAUCUACAGGUUAAUCGUCCUCCAGUUCAAAUUGGUCGUCAAAGGUCUAAACGGAUGAAACCAUUGCCAGGGUGGGUGAGUAUUUGCUUGAAUGGUGCUUUUAAUUCUCUUUCUUGGGAGGGGGGUGUAGGUGUUGCUGCUAGAGAUAGCAAUGGGACUUGUUUCGGUGGAUAG